GUUGAAGCUCAAACUGCUGUCCGCUGUCCCGCACGACAUCCAAUUUCUACAGUGCAGCACUCAAGGAUCGCCAGUCUGAAGUACGUUCCAGCAAUGGCAUCCCGAGCCAAAACCUUGUCAAUAUGCCAGCAAUGUCUACGGACCGCUGCACGCGGACAGAGUCCUCUAGCCCUCCCAUCCUCUUCAUAUAGAAUGUUCCUCCGCGCAGCAUCCUCCACGACGACACCACCCCCCAACAGCAAAGGGCCCAUCGUCCUCGAACAACCAGACAAAUUCCGUCCACCGUCGCAUCCUUCGCGACUCGCAGCCCGCCGGCGACCCGCGGCGUACAACCAGGGUUCGACGGAGCAGGAGAAAGAACAUCAGAAGACGAGAACGUACCCUCACAUGUUCCCCGAAAAGGGUUCAUUUAUGCACUGGUUUCUGACGGACCGGUGGAUUCAUAUUUGGAUUACCAUGGGUACAUUGACGAUUCUGGCAUUCAUCACCCUUACACAAACAUUCCUCAAGACAUCGCCCUACGCGCAUCUCAUGCCGCCUGUCUCCAGCCUGCCCUUCCACCCCAUCACGUACGUCAAGGAGUCUCUAUCCGUAAUCAAGUUGCACAUCGACUACACUACAGCCCAAACGAAUGAGUCCCGCCAACAAAAGAUUCGGGACGCACAGAAACGGCGACUGUACCGCCGCGCACAUGGCAUGGAGGAUCUGAAUGCUGAGGAGGAGCAGGGAAUUGAUGUUAGGGGUUUGGUGCCCUGGGAUGACGGGUUGACUGUCAAGGAGCGCGAAGCGGGUGGGCGAGAUAUGCCGAUUACGGGCAGGGAUGUGAUUGCUGGAGGUGGGAAGGUUGGUGAUGAUGUAACUGAGUUUGCGAGACGGAUCAAACAACGACAAAGCGAGAAGGGGAAGGAGGAGGUGGAGGCAGAGGUGCAGCAAACGGAGACGCAACCGCCACCACAAGAGAAGAGGAAGAGGAAGUUGUGGUUGGGGAUAUGGUGAGCAUCGUGCGGUUACAAGACAGCAAGUUGGCAGCGGCCAUGUUCAUCAUUCAUGUCGGGAAGUGCAGUACAGCCUAAAGCAUGAUACGACACUACUGAAGCGCAAA